AUGAGAAGCAAAACAUCAUCUCAAAAGAAGGCAGUGAUGAUCAUUUGGAUCUUCAAGACUCCGAUAAGGGCACUGGGUAAAGCUAAAAAGUUCUACGUCAAAGGCAUCACCAACUUCAGCACCACGUAUAAUCAGCCGACGAUGAUCAUUAAUAAGCCGCCACUUCCACGGAGCUUCAGCACCACCACCACCAUGGUAUCCAACGACACCCAACCAUCGGGAGUAGACCUAAUCAGGGCUAAUUCCACGAGCAGUAUUCAAAUUGGUAGGGCUGACGUGGAACGGUACAUGAUACAACACCAACAGCAACAGCAACAGCAACAACAGUUAGUGGCUGCAUCUAGGAAAAGGGUGCCAAGGAGUUGCAGUCUUGGGAUGGGAAGAAUUGAUGAAGAUAGGGUUUCUUCUUUUAGAAAUGAUAAUCUGAAUGGUUCAGACAACAAGCUCGUUGCUAAAGAUAAAGAUUCAAGGCUGUCUCGGAAUCGUAGUUAUGAGAGUGAUUCACGUCGGUUUUAG